AAACCUAAAUAUUGUCCAGCGCCUGACACCUGCCUCAGCUGCUGCCCAAAACACUAACACAGGAAUUCUCUCCCAAGCCUGCCUCCGGAAAAGUAGUCCUGAUAACCAGGCCCUGAGCCACCACACUCAUUCUUCUGCCUCUGUGGCCAGAGCAGCGAUGGCCUGGACUUUCCGUGGGACACUGCAGCUCGGAGGACUGCUCCUCUGUCUCCUUGGUUGGGUCUGCUCCUGCACCACCAUUGUCCUGCCCCUGUGGAAGACUCUCAAUACGGACCUGAAUGAAAUGGAAACCUGGACCAUGGGGCUUUGGGGGACCUGCGUGAAUCAAGAAGAAGUUGGCAUCGUGUGCAAGAACUUCGACUCCUUUUUGUCUCUGCCCCAGGAGCUACAGGUAGCACGCGUGCUCACGAUAGCUUGCCAAGGCCUGGGACUACUGGGGCUUGUGCUGUCUGGCUUUGGGUCUGAAUGCUGCCAGCUUUACAGGAUCACAGAGAUAUUCAAGGACCGCCUCUGCCUCCUGGGAGGGAUCCUGGAGGCUCUGGCCUCGGCCACUGUCAUCUUUCCAGUCUCCUGGGUGGCUCAUGGCAUAGUCCAAGAUUUCUGGGAUGACGGAAUCCCUCAGCUUGUACCACGGUGGGAGUUUGGAGCUGCCCUCUUCCUGGGCUGGUUUGCUGGUCUUUUCCUGGCUGUUGGUGGACUCCUCCUGAUCUUUUCUGCCUGCAUGAGAAAAGAAAAUGUGCCUUCUCUCUCGGUGGCUGAUUCCAUAACCCCACAAUCCUGGACAGUAGUGUAG